AUGGGGUUCAGUACUGUGGCCGAUUUUGACCAGGCCUACCAAAGCGUACAACGCUCAUUUGCGGCCGGCACCACCAAAAACAAAGAAUGGAGGCGCCGUCAAUUGAAACGUAUUUGGUGGAUGAUUGAGGACAACAAGCAGAGAAUCGCAGAUGCACUUUACGCUGAUCUCCACAAGCAUUACCAAGAAGCUUACUGUGGCGACAUCAAGGGUGUCCAAGGUGAUGUCCUACGCACCCUGGAGAAACUUGAUGAGUGGACCAAAGAUGAGAGGCCCUCGAGAUCCGACCCUCUCAACUUCCUGGGGCGAACUACAGUUCGCAAAGAGCCCCUUGGUGUUACCCUGAUCAUCGGCGCAUGGAACUUCCCUAUCAACGUCUCCUUACAGCCAAUGAUAGCUGCGAUUGCAGCCGGGUGUGCCGUGAUCCUCAAGCCAUCGGACCUGGCUACUGCUUCUCAGGAUCUACUUAUGGAGAUCAUUCCCAAGUACCUGGAUAAUGACGCGCUUCGAUGCAUUUCCGCGGGACCUCAGGAAAUGGGAUACAUCCUUGAGCACCGCUUUGACCACAUUUUCUAUACUGGAUCUCCAAACAUCGGAAAGAUCAUUCACGCCGCAGCGGCCAAACAUCUUACCCCUGUCACCCUUGAACUGGGCGGCCAAUGUCCGGCUAUCGUCGCUGGUUCAGCAGACCCCGAUCUCAGUGCAAAGCACAUUGCUGUCACCAAAUUUAUGAAUGCUGGACAGAUCUGCUUGAACGUGAACCAUGUACUAGUACACCCUGCUCUGCGAGAGCGCCUCGUGGAAGAGCUGAGUCGACACUUCAACACUUUCCUUGGCGGCAAGGACAACAAACCUGAAUACUAUACCCACAUUAUCAACGACCGCAAUUUCGACCGACUCGACAAUCUUCUCAAAAAGACAUCGGGACAGAUUGUGUAUGGCGGCCAGCGUGAUCGUGAAAGUCGAUACUUCGCCCCAACCAUCGUGACAGGUGUCAAGCCCGGUGACUCUCUUCUAUCCGAAGAGAUCUUCGGACCGAUCCUUCCCAUUGUCGACGCUGACUUCGACACGGCUAUCUCCUUCACCCGCAGUGGAGAGCACCCACUGGCCAUCUAUGCCUUUACGGGCCAAGAGACUGACAAGGCCCGCAUUUUGAACGAAACCCAGUCCGGCGGCGUGACUUUCAACGACUGCGGUCUUCAUGUUGCCGGUCGUGAUGCACCCUUCGGUGGUGUUGGAAAUUCCGGCCAGGGUCGUUACCGCGGCCCACAUGGUGUCCUGACUUUCUCGCAUCUCCGCACUCACACCAAUGCUAUGCCUGGGUGGAUCGAGUCUCUGCUCGGUGCGCGAUACCCGCCGUACUCGGUGGAGAAAGCCCACAAGAUGAUGCCGCCUACCACUCCGUCAUUCGAUCGGGAUGGUAACGAUAAGCCAGGAAGCUCUAAGUGGACGAUUGGCUUCGGGGUCCUUGCGAUCUCUGGAUUGAUCAUGACUCAACAGGAUCGCAUUGCUGCGCUCGGUCUCAAUUUGCUCAAAUAG